AUGCCAAAAAACAAAGGUAAGGGAGGAAAAAAUAGGAGGAGAGGAAAAAAUGACAACGAAGGGGAAAAAAGAGAAUUAUUAUACAAAGAAGAAGACCAAGAAUAUGCUCAAGUUUUGAGGAUGUUGGGAAAUGGAAGAUUAGAAGCCCAUUGUUUUGAUGGAGUUAAACGAUUAUGUCACAUUAGGGGAAAAAUGAGAAAGAGAGUUUGGAUAAAUUCGGGUGAUAUCAUUUUAGUGUCCUUGAGAGAUUAUCAAGAUAGCAAAGCAGAUGUUAUAGCGAAAUAUACCCCUGAUGAGGCAAGAAGUCUGAAACAACAUGGAGAAUUACCAGAAACAGCUAAAAUAAACGAAACGGAUAUUUUUGACGAUGAUGGACAGAAUGGCGUGGAAUUUUUAGACGACGAAUCUGACGAAGAAGCACAAGAAGACAUGAAUAAUGUGAGGAAAUUGGAAAUAGAAGAGAUUUAA